AUGGCCCCGAUUUCUGCUUCAAAGGCCGCUCGCCUUGCCAAAAAGGCCGAGAAAGGCGACAAGAAGACGGCAGCCUCCAAACUAUCAUCUAAGAACGCAUCUACCAAUGGCUCCAAAACCUCGUCAGUCGCCGGCGAUGACGGCUCGCCUAUGCUCGAUGAGGAUGAACUAGAUGCCCCCGCAACCACCUCCGACAAGAUGGAUAAGGUCAAGAAAUUGACCGAACAGAUGGACAAACACGGCUUAUCAGACCGAGUAACAACCGGCGUUCUUGCCUCCCAGGAGGCAAGUCGAGACGUCAAGAUUACCUCUUGCUCGCUGGUCUUCCAUGGCAAAGUGCUCAUUCAGGAUUCGACUCUUGAAGUCAACUUUGGACGAAGAUACGGUCUGCUCGGUGAAAACGGUUGUGGCAAGUCUACCCUGCUAAAGGCCAUCGCCGCGCGAGAGUACCCCUUCCCAGAGCACGUCGACAUCUAUCUCCUGAACGAGGGUGCGCCGGCCACCGAACUCGGAGCCCUCGAGUGGGUCAUCAAAGAGGCAGAAAAAGAAGUCAAGAGGUUGGAUGAUCUGGCGGAAGAGAUCUUGGAAAAGGAUGGCCCCGAAAGCCCCGCCUUGAUGGACAUCUAUGAGCGUUCUGAAGCCAUGGAUCCGAGCACCUUCGAAGUCCGAGCCUCCCUCAUCCUGACCGGCUUAGGGUUCAACAAAAAGACCAUACACAAAAAGACCAAAGACAUGUCAGGUGGUUGGAAAAUGCGUGUCGCACUCGGAAGAGCCCUUUUUGUCAGACCGUCCUUGCUGCUGCUCGACGACCCGACGGCGCAUCUUGACCUCGAAGCCUGCGUGUGGUUGGAAGAAUACUUGAAGAAAUGGGACAAGACUUUGAUUUUGGUCUCCCAUUCGAUGGACUUUUUGAACGGCGUCUGUUCCAACAUGAUCGAUAUGAGACAAAAGAGUCUCAUCUAUUAUGGUGGUAACUACGACUCUUACGCAAAGACUCGAAGCGAGCAGGAGGUCAACCAACAGAAGGCGUACGUCAAGCAGCAAGACGAAAUCGCCCAUAUCAAGAAGUUCAUUGCCUCGGCUGGUACCUAUGCCAACCUGGUCCGACAAGCCAAAUCAAGACAGAAGAUUUUGGACAAGAUGGAGGCCGACGGCUUUAUCCAACCCGUGGCAACCGAUCGAGUGUUCACUUUCCGCUUCGCCGAUGUCGAGAAGCUGCCGCCUCCAGUCUUGUCCUUCGACAACGUCACAUUCAGCUAUUCCGGAAAGGCAGAGGACAAUCUCUACGAAAACCUCGAUCUAGGUGUUGACAUGGAUAGCAGAACGGCUCUUGUCGGGCCCAACGGUGUCGGUAAAUCGACUCUGCUUCGACUCAUGACAGGCAAACUCAGUCCGACCAACGGGUCGGUCAGCAGGCACACUCAUCUCAAACUUGGACUUUACUCGCAGCAUUCCGCUGAGCAACUGGACUUGACCAAGUCAGCACUCGAUUUCGUCCGUGACAAGUAUGCGUCCACAUCACAGGACUACCAGUAUUGGAGACAGCAACUUGGACGAUAUGGUCUCUCUGGCGAAUCUCAGACGGCUUUGAUGGGUACUCUGUCGGAGGGUCAAAGAUCUCGAGUGGUGUUUGCACUUUUGGCCAUUGAAGGUCCCAACAUGCUGUUGUUGGACGAGCCUACCAACGGUCUUGAUAUCCCUACCAUUGAUUCCCUGGCCGAUGCCAUCAACGCCUUUUCUGGUGGUGUGGUUGUGGUUUCCCACGAUUUCAGGUUGCUUGACAAAAUCGCCAAAGACAUCAUGGUGUGUGAGAACAAGACAGUGCGAAGAUGGGACGGCACCAUUGGCGAGUACAAGAAUCAUCUCCGGAAGAAGAUGGUUUCCACGGGCCAAGUUUAA